AUGAGAAUAAUCUUUUCUUUUAGUCACCAAAACAUCUCUCCCCUGAUCGGCGUCUGCGUUCAGCACAACGACCUAACCUCGGUUUACAAUCUCUCAUCCAGAGGAAGUUUAGAGGAAGCCCUUCAGGGUAAGCAUGUAUUGGGAUGGGAAGAGAGAUUCCAGAUAGCAAUUGGGUUAGGGGAAGCUCUUGAUUAUCUUCAUAACCAAUGUUCUAAUCCUGUGACCCACAGAGAUGUUAAAUCUUCUAAUGUUCUUCUCUCGGAUGAGUUUGAACCUCAGCUUUCAGAUUUUGGGCUUUCUAUUUGGGAUCAAAGUCUUGUGAAUACACAAAACAAAGGGACGUGGUGGGGACAUUUGGAUACCUAG